AUGGACAAAGAUGGAUUCGAGAAGUUCCUGGACGCCUCCUGGAUUGCUUUCCGCAAGCAACUGCUGGAGGCAUACCCAGCGGAUGCUGUCACGCGGAGUGCGAUGGAUGUGGAAUUCAAGCUUGCCGAGCUGGAGAAACACCUCCAAGAAGCAAGAGGUGGCCGGGGAGAGAUGUCCCCAGUCAUUGAAACGAGUCAGGACUCGGCAGCCGGCAGUCGGACCUCGGUUGGUUCGCUCAUGGCGCCCGUGGUCGGUGUCGGGUCGACAUCGGCGGGGUCGCCGCUGAUGACGAUUGAGACUGAGCUGCAGUCGCCAAGAACCGACGGAUCAUCGCCUCCAGAGUCUCCAAAGUUUACGGUGCCCUUUCUCGGCGCGGGGCUCCUGGGGCUCAGUGAUGAGGAGGCCCAAGGCAUUCGCCAUCGCCUGCGGGUGCGAUUGGGAGUCAUCUCAGCAAAACAGCUCGUGUCGGGGAAGUCGCUCCACGAUUCCAUCGUGGCCUUGGGCCUGACACGCUACUCGGUUGAGGAAAUGGAUGAGCUGGUAAACAUGCUCGCCGACUUCAUCGGUCUCCACUUUGAACAGGACCCCAAUGCUCUGCGCAACAGCAGGCGAAAUUCAAGGACAGCCGCCACGUCGCUCUUCUCCUUGCAGCAGGACUUGCAGAAGUUUGGUGAUCCGAUCUGGGAGUGGCCUCCCAUCCGCGAGAGCGCGAUGCACAUGCACCGGAGUGCCUCCAUGCAGAUCUUCGUUGACCGCACUGCUCACAGCUCCAUGAAUGUCGUCCCAGCACAGGCGCUGAUGGAGCUCUUCUUUGCGCAGGAGUGGGACCUGCACAAGCGAAUUUUUGGUGCCGGCCGCCUACUCAAGCAGUUCAAGGCCAUGAAGGAGAUUUUGCUUGCUGGUGACACGAAUCGGUUGGUGGCUGAGCUGACAUUCGUCAGAAUCAACGACCUCGCAGCUCCACCCGAGCCUAUCCACCCACUGAUCUACAUUGAGCCCCUGGUCGCCCUUCUGAUCGUCUGCAAUGGGAUCAUGAUUGGCUUCCAGACUCAUCCAGACCAUCAGGAUUGGAUAUAUUGGACACACGUGGAGAUCGGGUUUCUGAGUGUGCUCAUUUUAGAGAUCGCUUUGCGAAUCCACCUUCUUGGCUGUCGGAAAUUCUGGUGCGGCCCAGACUGGCUUUGGAACUACUUCGAUAUCGUCCUGGCAAUGACUGGGCUUGUUGAUAUCACAGUACAGCUUGUCAACGACCAGAAGACCGACAUAUUUGGCACUUCCCUGCUGAGAUUCUGUCGCCUGAUCCGACUGGUGCGCAUUGUGAAGGUCUUCCGCCUGAAGUUCAUGCGAGACCUGCGUCUCAUGGUCAAAGGCCUUGUUGCAGGCGUGCGAACGCUAACGCUGGCCUUCACGCUGCUCUUCUCCGUCCUUUACGUCAUUGGUGGCUUUGCGACGAUGGCAAUCGGAAGCGAUCCGAGAACCGAGGCGGAGGGCCUCUUGAAGUAUUUCGACAGCCUUCCUCAAUGCAUGUUCACCGCCUUCCGGUGCUACACGGGUGAUUGCGUGAACGACGAAGGCAAGCCCUUGACGCACGAGCUGGCCAGGCUCUUUGGCUAUCCCUUCAUUAUGGCAUACGUGAUCAGCUAUAUGCUCGUAGCCAUGGGCAUCUUCAACGUCAUUUUGGCUGUCUACGUCGACAUCACCAUGAAGGCGGCGAAAGAGAAUGAGGCCGUCACUGCCGAGCAAUAUGCACGGGAGUCCAUCCGCGUGGCGCGGACGACGCGCGAGCUCCUCAAGCGCUUUGCGGCGGCCUACCGGCUCUUCCACGACUUGGAGGACGACCACACGGAAGUUUCUCAUCUGGAGAUCAGCCCUGGCAAGACGGUCUUCACAGACGAGGAUGUGCAUGAGGGGAUCGCGAUCACGAAAGAUCUGUUCCUCCUCGUGAUCCAAGACCGUGGAGUGCAGGAGUUGAUGGAUGAGCUGGAUCUCCCCCCGGAUCGCGCGAACCUCUUUGAGAUCAUCGACGCGGACGGCAGCGGAACUCUUCGGAUCUCCGAGCUGGUGCAGGGCCUUCUAAAGAUUCGCGGGGAGAUUAGCAAGAGCGACGCCAUUGCCGGCUUGCUGGCGACCAAAGCUGUGUACGCCAUGCUGGAGGAGAUCCGGGAAGAGACCACGAAGAGCCUGGACGACUUGAAGGACCUCACUGUUCGGAGUGUGAGCGUCCUUUGCACGGCGGUGCCCCGGCCCUCCAGCGUCAUGGUCUCUGCUGCAUCUCCAAGCUGCGAGCUGGGCCCGGCGCCGGACAUCGACACGGAGCCUGGCUGGCAGCACGAUUCUGCAAAGCCCGACCUGCUCCUCUCGAAGGAUCCGGCACAGGGGGAGAAGCUCGAUGUCGAGCUACGCUCCUGCUGA